CUGUGUGUGUUGCCGGAAACGAGACUUUCCUCAGCACCGGAAGUGCUGUGGCAGGGUCUGGUGGUUUGAACAUCUCGGCUGGGUCGCUGUGAGAGGCUGUGAUGGCGAGCUCGACCGCUUCAGCACCCCCCUUUCCUCCGCCUCUGGAGCAGCUCCGGCGCUUAGCCGCCGAGCUGCGGUUGCUUCUGCCUCAAGUGCGGGUCGGCGAAGCCCAGAAGACAGCCGAGGAGUUUAACCGAGAGUUGUUUUGGAGAAGACUCAAUGAGUCAGCAGUGAAAGUGUCAGGGGAAGCCACGAUUCUGACCACGCUCUUUUGUCGACUUCCACUGCCGUCUCCACAGGAAACCCAGAGGAUCUGUGAGCAUGUCUAUAUUGUCAUCAAGGAAAUUAUUGCAAUAUAUUAUUCACUUCCUAAGGAUCAGGGAAUCACCCUGAGAAAGCUGGUGCGGAGUGCUACUCUGAACAUUGUGGACGGCAUGGCUCAGCUUCUGGAAAUACUUCUCAGCACUCCGUUUCAGAGGUACGUUGACAUCGGUGACCUUAUUUCCUGCAAUAGCGUCUCAGUCGCUUGCCAGCAGGUGUCUGAGAUCCCAGAAGAUAACAAAGCUGCAGCCCUUUUGAUGCUGACAAAGAGCGUGGAUUUUGUGAAAGAUGCACAUGAGGAAAUGGAGCAGGCUAUCGAAGAAUGUGACCCUUACUGUGGCCUGUUGAAUGAUUCUGAGGACAACGCUGACAGCCACAAUGAUGAGAAUGGUGUAGUAGGGCUUCCCAGUAAUCGGGACUCAUACUGGUCAGAGGAAGAUCAAGAGCUCAUCACCCCGUGCCUUGCGUUGGUGAGAGCCUCCCGAGCCUCCCUUAAGAAGAUCCGGAUCUUAGUGGCUGAGAAUGGACAGAAGGAUCAGGUGGCUCAGCUGGAUGACAUUGUGGAUAUUUCUGAUGAGAUCAGCCCCAGUGUGGAUGAUUUGGUUCUGAGCAUGUAUCCACCUGUGUGUCACCUCACUGUGCGGAUCAGUUCUGCGAAAUUGGUGUCUGUUUUAAUAAAGGCCCUUGAAAUUACAAAAGCAAGUCAUGUGACCCCCCAGCCAGAAGAUAGCUGGAUCCCUUUACUCAUUAAUGCCAUUCAUCACUGCAUGGACAGAAUUAAGGAGCUCACUCAGCGUGCAGCCGAGUUAUGAGUUCCAGGCCUUUCUUCACUUUUCUCCUCUCACUCUCCCAGCCAAGCGCCAAUAAAAACUCUGCUUUUAUUUAUUUAUUUUUAAUUGUUUUCUGUGUUUGUUUUUAGAAGUGGAGCUAUGAUAGGGUGCUUGCUGGAUAGAAAGGAAGUGCCUGUCUGUACUAAGAGGAGAUUAUUAUCAAGAUUCUAAGCUAGAACAGAGCGGCAGUUAUCUAUAAAGUAUAUAAUGUGAUAUGCUUCUAUGUUAGUCACAAAAGAAAUUAGUAUAAAUUUGUGCUCUGAAUUGUUCUUUGGAAAUUCUUAAGGAAGUUGUCUUAUUCUGUAUUUUACAGUAAAGUAUUUUGUUUUAUUAAGAUUUUUAUUAUCUCAAUAAAACCUUAACCUAUGUGAUUAAA